AGAAUGAAAAAUCAAAGUUCUGUGACAGAAUUCAUUCUUCUAGGACUAACAGAUGACAAAGACUUAAAUAUCCUAAUUUUUAUAUUUUUAUUUUUAACAUAUAUUCUGAGUGUAACUGGGAACCUGACAAUCAUCACACUUACUCUGUUAGAUUCACAGCUUAAAACUCCAAUGUAUUUUUUCCUUAGGAAUUUUUCUGUUCUAGAAAUCUCAUUCACAACAGUGUGUAUUCCUAGAUUUCUGGUCAGCAUUAUAACAGGUGACCGAACUAUUCCCUAUAAUGCUUGCUUGACUCAGGUCUUUUUCUUUUUACUUCUUGGCUCAACGGAAUUUUUCCUUUUGACGGCAAUGUCUUAUGACCGUUAUGUGGCAAUCUGUAAACCCCUGCAUUAUACAACAAUAAUGAACCACAGAGUUUGCAACCAGCUUGUAUUUAGUUCUUGGCUCAUUGGAUUCCUUAUUAUCUUUCCACCUGUGAUAAUGGGACUGCAACUGGAUUUUUGUGACUCCAACAUCAUAGACCAUUUCACCUGUGACUCUUCUCCUAUGCUUUUGCUCUCCUGCACAGACACUGCAGUUCUGGAACUGAUGGGGUUUGUCUUGGCAGUAUUCACACUCAUGGUAACCUUAGCGUUGGUGAUUCUGUCCUAUGCAUUCAUUCUUAAAACAAUUCUUAGAAUCCCCUCUGCUGAGCAAAGAAAAAAGGCUUUUUCUACUUGCUCUUCACACAUGAUUGUUGUCUCCAUUUCUUAUGGGAGCUGUAUUUUCAUGUAUGUCAAAACCUCAGCAAAAGAAGGAGUGGCUUUAACCAAAGGUGUAGCAGUGCUCAAUACCUCUGUUGCCCCCAUGCUAAAUCCUUUUAUUUACUCCCUAAGAAACCAGCAAGUAAAGCAGUCUUUUAAAAAGUUGGUCAACAAGUGCUUCACAAAUAAAAUGUAA